CGGACGAGCAGCCUGGAGAGACGCAGCGGAGGGGAAGCGGCUACGCGUGGAGAGCGAGGGAGAGCGCGCGCGUGGAGUGGAUACGCAGGGGGGGUAGUAAUAAAAACAAGGAACCGAUGGAGCUGAAUGAGCCGUAGACCCGGGGAACGACGCAGCAGCAUCGGCUUCUGCAUCCCCCGACCCCCCUCCUCCCCCCCUUCCCCCCUAACCUCCUGGCCCCGUCAUUGAUGGGCAACCAACUGGACCGGAUCACCCACCUGAACUACAGCGAGCUACCCACCGGGGAUCCGUCGGGCGUGGAGAAGGACGAGUUGCGCGUGGGCGUGGCCUACUUCUUCUCCGACGACGAGGAGGAGCCGGACGACAGGUCUCCGUCGGACAGCUUCAGGGACGAUAGCCCGAGGCAUGGAGGAGGAGGCGUCGGCAGUGGUUGCGGGAGCGGCGACGGCGGCGGCGGCGGAGUGGACGGCGACGGCAUCGGCAUCGGAGAAGACGGCGGGACGCCUCCGCUCGACGAGCUCGAGUACUCGGCCUUCUGCUGCCACGAGUGCAUCUUCUCGAAGCUGCGCGCCAGCGAGGACCUGCGCGUGCACUCGCCCGCGGCACUGCUGAGCAUGUGCAAGCCGGGCGACGUGCUGGAGCUGGUGGCACGCGCGCAGCCGCCGCACUGGGCCGUGUUCGCGGGCGGUGACCGCGUCGUGCACCUGCACAAGGGCGAAAUCCGCGCGGACAGCCUGCUGGACGUGAGCGGCGGACGCCCCGGGCGCAUCGUCAACGAGCGUUACCGCUACAGGCCGCUGCCCGCCGAGCUGGUGGUGCGCAAUGCCGCCGGCCACGUGGGGCUGCGCGGCGGCGAGGUGUGCUGGGGGGACUCUGAGAGCUUCGCCGCGUGGUGCCGCUUCGGCAAGCGCGAGUUUAAGGCGGGCGGCGAGGCGCACUCGGCCGAGCAGCGCUACUUCCUCAAGGUGCACGCGGCCCACAGCACUGUGCGCACGCUCGUCUUCCGCAGCCUCGAGGACAUGAUCCGCGAGCGGCGGCGCGUCGACGCCAGCGGUCUGCUGCACGAGCUGCGCCGGUGAACGUACAAACACACAAAGAAAGAAAAACACACGCAAAAGCCUUUUUGGGGACGUCCCGGGACUAUGCAUGUCAAACACAAGGGCUGCGAGAAGACUUUUGAGUCAGGAGUGUUGCGCGUGCUCGCGGUACAGCUUUUUUUGGAGGCUAUCUGGGGUCGAUAACCUCGCCCCCCUUUCCCCAAGUCACCAUGCACCUUUACAGAAACAGAACGCCCCUCUGAGCCAGAUGGGAGCUGGGAUUGGCGCACCGUUGCUUUCAGUUGAACUCUCCCUUCCUCCCUUUAUCUUUUUAAACUCCUAGAGCUUCAGCUUUCGACCCCUCUCGCUCCCCCUCCCACCCCCACCCCAUGCAACUUUGCAUAGUAACCGCACAAACCCCUGCCCAACUCCUCACACGUCUCUCUUUAUUUUGUUACAAACACGCAAACGAAAUGUACAUUCUUCUGUUUUUUGGAGUCCAUAUUUUUGUAUUUUGAGUUAGUAAGUUGACGAGAAAUCUUUGUUUCUAUUGAAAUAAAACUUAGAUUGCCCUAUGGAACAUCA